AUCUCCAGAAUAAAGAAAAAUUCACCAAAUAUGGGGGAUCCGAGUCACCUCGAGAAAAUGGGCAGGGAGCUGAACUGCCCCAUUUGCUUGAGUCUGUUGAACUCUGCGGUUUCGCUCACAUGCAAUCAUGUAUUCUGCAAUGCCUGUAUAUUGAAAUCAAUGAAAUUGGGUUCCGAUUGUCCAGUUUGUAAAGUACCUUACCGGCGUCGAGAGGUUCGUCCAGCUCCUCACAUGGAUAACUUGGUUAACAUUUACAAAAGCAUGGAAGUUGCUUCAGGUUUCAGUAAUCUUGUUACUCAGAAGCCGCCUCUCGAUUGUCGUGAAAGAGUGAACAAUCAGGGAUCAAACCAAAGAAGAGGAUCACGUGUGGCUAAAUUGACAGAAAGUUAUAAUUCUAUUCCUGUGAAACCUUCUUUUCCAACCAACAAAAGGGUUCAGGUGCCACAAUAUCCCCUGUCGGAAACGCCUGUGCGGUCUGCAAAAACUCAAAAUGGGGUGGUAGAAAUUACAGAGAAUGAAUCUAAGAGGAGUACAUAUAUUACAAAGGAGGCCUCCAAUUUAAGAGAAAACGGGGAGCAAACACUCGCACCCUUUUUUUGGUUGAGGGAGGAGGAUGUAGAGAGGCCAAGUCAGCUCACAGAUGGCGAUCAAUGUGUGUACACAACACCGCCCGAACUUCCCUCUUUCAGUGAUAUGAAAGAUUCUGAUGAUGAAAGGUUUUCUAAUGAGGAGGAGAUGAAUGGAAACCCCAACAAUGUGAAUCUUUUUGAUAGUGAAAUGUUUGAAUGGACACAGAGACCUUGUUCUCCAGAACUUCUUCCAACUCCUAUUAAAAUGCAGGUUGAGGACACUGAAGAACCAGCAUUACAGGUUGAAAAUACAGUUGCCACUGGCCUGAUAACAAGAUAUGACACUUCAGACGAGAUGCUACCUAAUAUAACAUCUUCUACAACCAAGUGUGAUAGUGAUAAGAUCGGGAAUCGUAAAUCCCGGGGGCUGGGUGCUAAACAGAGAAAGACUGCUCCAAAGAAGAUUGGUGACAGAACUAGCAGUCAUAUUUCAGGAGAUCAUGUCAAUCUGGGAAAGGGAUCUGAAGAAUUUAACACAAAACAAGAAGCUGCCUGUAGUAGUAGUUCUUCAUAUUUGGCGAAGACUAGAAAAAAUCGUGAUGUGGCUGGGUUGGGUCACCAUGAAAAUGCUGAAACUCCUAAACAGGAUGACGCACAAUUGCCUGCUAUAGUCGGUAAGGGAAAAUGUGAUAUCAUAUAUGAGAACUUGAGGUCUGCAAAAAGUUGCAGGAAGAUCACUGCCCAGUCCCAAAAGAAAUCUUGUUCGAAGUCAAAGAAACAAAAAACAAGUUUCACUGAGGUUGAUAUCCCUAAAGAAGUUUCAACUGUUCAGAGUCUGACAAAUGAAAAUAUGAUUCAACAGAAGCCCUCACUUCUCAUUCCCUUAGCUCAUGACAGUGGUGCCAAACAGGUUGGAAAAGGAUCAAUUAAACGUGCUAGAGAAGUAAAGUUGGCUACAAGUUUGAAAAGUGAAAAAACCACGAGUUGUAAGAAAAAGAUGAAAGUUCCUUUUAGCGGUGACACAAAAAGUGGGUUGGCUGGAGACCAACAGCAAGGAAAUAGUAAUGUGUCUUCAGAAAGACUAAAUGAAAGUGUUCAUGGGAGUCCUGCUGUUGGAAUUUCAGAUGGUUCAACAAUAAAGAAGUUGCCUUUAGCAAAUGGAGUGACCUUGAGUAAAUGUGAGACCAUCACAAAUAAAACACAAUGUUCUUUCUGUCUUACUGCGGAAGAUUCUGAGGCUACAGGAGAGAUGGUUCAUUACUAUGAAGGCAGGCCUGUUCCUCAAGAUUACAAUGGUGGCUCUAAGGUCAUACAUUCACACAAGAACUGCACUGAAUGGGCCCCUAAUGUUUAUUUUGAAAAUGAUAAGGCAAUCAACCUUGAAGCUGAACUCUCCAGAAGUCGAAAAAUAAAAUGCUCUUGUUGUGGACUCAAAGGUGCAGCAUUAGGCUGUUAUGAAAGGAGUUGUCGCAAGAGUUUCCAUGUUCCCUGUGCAAAAUUAGUCUCACAAUGCCGGUGGGAUACUGAUAACUUUGUAAUAUUAUGCCCUCUCCAUGCCUCUUCUAAGUUGCCCAGAGAAAAGUCAGAAUCUCAAGGAAGCAGAAAACGGAGUGUUUUAAGAGGACAUUUGCCAAUUCACAACAAUGAAAUUCCUACAAAUGAAGUCACCAUGCAGAAGAAAUGGAAUCCUUGCGAAUCACGCUACAAAUUGGUUCUCUGUUGCUCAGCUCUCACAGUUGAAGAAAGAGAAAUCGUAUCUGAAUUUGAGAAGCAAGCUGGUGUUCCAGUGUUGAAAAGAUGGGAUUCAAAUGUCACCCAUAUCAUUGCAUCCACGGAUGAAAAUGGAGCAUGCAAAAGAACCCUUAAAUUUCUAAUCGGUAUCUUGGAGGGGAAGUGGAUCCUGAAUAUUAAUUGGGUCAAAGCUUGCAUCAAAGCCAUGAAACCUGUUGAUGAGUUACCAUAUGAAAUUAGUAUCGAUGUUCAUGGAAUCAGGGAUGGUCCACGACUUGGAAGGAUGAGACUCCAGAACAAGCAACCAAAGCUUUUUAACGAGUGUAAGUUCUAUAUAAUGGGGGAUUUCAAAACUUCUUACAAGGGAUACCUACAAGAUGUUGUAAUUGCAGCCGGAGGUACCAUUCUGCAUAGAAAACCUAUUUCGGGUGAUCUGGGAGCCCCGGCAUCUGGUUCUGCUAUAUCUUCAACCUUCAUAAUUUACAGUGUUGAGGUGCCCGAUAAGUGUGAUCUCAAGAAGCAACAUAUGAUUUUAAGCCGCAGGCAAUCAGAUGCGGAAGCUCUGGCAAAUUCAACAGGAGCAAAAGCAGUAAGCAAUUCUUGGGUUUUGAACUCCAUAUCUGCAUGCAAAAUGCAAAGUGUUGGUUAAUAAUGACAUGGGCUGUAGAGUCUCUUUCCUUUUAAAAUGUUUAAACAGUUCUAUAGUUGCACCCUAUGUUUAAUAUAGCUUAUACUAAUAAUAGGUUUUAUAUUUUAUGUA